UCCUACUCUUAAAUAAAAAAAAUUAAAAAAGAAAAAAAUGAAAAGACAAAGCAUUUAAGCAAUACUCCAUAAUAUUCUCCAAAUAAAAAGCAAAGCUUCCUAAUUACCCUUUACUUUCCCAUUUCCCCACUUCCCUCUCUUCAUCUUCUUCUGCCUCACCCCAAAGCAAUCUCCACUUUCUCUCUCUUCUCAUCAAAAAUUCCACCAAAUUCAAAUCCAUUCCCUAAUUUUAGGGAAAACACGCCAAAAAUGGCGACGCUACAGAAAUUUAAGUUUCUAGCUACACAGUGCGCAGUUAUCGGAAGCCCGACCCGAAGCCCGACAACAAGCCCGGUUAUCCACAUCCGCCGUCGCAAAACCCUACGAAUGCUGCUCGGAGGCCGAGGUAACAGCACCAGCGCAUUCAACCGCCGAUUCAUUCAUCACAGUAAUCGCCGAGUUGACUCGCCGGGUCGGCCGAAACUCGCCGACCAGAAAUCGGCGAGUGAGAAGGAGAAUAAUCUCGGCGCGAGGCUUAAGCUCAAGGAUCUCUUCGUAUCGUCUUCUCCUUCUCCUUCGCCGACGAAGGUUCCAGAACAUGAGGAAGAUGAACAGCGUAGAUUGUUACCGGCUACUGGAGGUUCCGGUGUCGGAGACGGCGGGUUGGCGGCGGCGCGGAGAGUAGGAAGCGGCGGAGUGAGGCCGUUUUCGGCGACGUUGAGGCAGAGAUUGUUGAUGAGGAGAGCGUGGCGGCCUGUGCUGGUCGCUAUUCCUGAACAGUCGCCAUAAGUUUGUGUUUUGCAGAAUUUGUACGGAUGAUGAUGAUGAUAAUGAUAAACAAAUAUUUUGGGAAAAUAUGAUGGGAAUAUAUAAAUAAAUAAAUAAAUCGAAUUUCCUUUUGUUUAUUACAA